AUGGAGCCCGACGGGCACAGCAACAGAACGAUCCUCCGGAGGGAGCUCUGUAAGGCCGGGACGGCGGCAGCGGCACCCGAGGGGCGGGGCGGGGGGACCGGCACAGGCCCCGAUCUCAUCGUGCAGGCCAAGUCCGGGACGGGCAAGACCUGCGUGUUCUCCACCAUCGCGCUGGACGCGGUGCUGCUGGAGAGCCCGGUCACGCAGAUCCUGGUCCUGGCCCCCACGCGGGAGAUCGCGGUGCAGAUCCACGCGGUGAUCACAACCAUCGGGGUGGAGCUGGAGGGCCUGGAGUGCCACGUGUUCAUCGGAGGGACCCCCCUGAGCCAGGACCGGGCCCGGCUCAGGAGGUGCCACAUAGCGGUGGGCUCCCCAGGUCGGAUCAAGCAGCUGAUAGAGCUGGACUACUUGAACACAGCCAGUAUCAGGCUCUUCAUUCUGGAUGAAGCAGACAAGCUUCUAGAAGAAGGCAGCUUUCAGGAACAAAUCAACUGGAUUUACUCCUCCCUGCCAGCCAACAAACAGAUGCUGGCUGUUUCAGCCACCUACCCUGAGUCACUGGCUGGUGCUCUGACCAGGUACAUGAGGGAGCCAACGUUUGUGAGACUGAACCCCACUGACCCAGGCCUCCUUGGGCUGAAGCAGUAUUACAAAAUUGUGAAUUCCCAUCCUCUUCCACACAAAACAUUUGAGGAAAAAACCCAGCACCUGCAAGAGCUGUUCAGCAAGGUUCCCUUUAACCAGGCCUUGGUCUUCUCCAACCUGCACAGCAGGGCUCAACAUCUUGCUGAGAUCCUGACCUCCAGGGGCUUCCCUGCUGAGUGCAUUUCAGGCAGCAUGAACCAAAACCAAAGGCUGGAUGCCAUGGCCAAGCUGAAGCAGUUCCACUGCAGGGUCCUGAUCUCCACAGACCUGACAUCCCGUGGGAUCGACGCAGACAAAGUGAACCUGGUUGUCAACCUGGAUGUCCCUGCAGACUGGGAGACCUACAUGCACCGCGUGGGCCGAGCUGGGCGCUUUGGGACCUUGGGCCUGUCCGUGACCUACUGCUGCCGUGGAGAGGAGGAGAACACCAUGAGGAACAUUGCUCAGAGGUGUAACCUUCAGCUGCUCCCUCUGCCAGAUCCCAUUCCUCGUGGCAUGAUGGUUCAGUUUGAGGACGGAGAGGUGGAAGUCAAACCUGUUGUACCCACAGAUACUUCAGUCCAUUCUGACCCUGUGUGUGUUAGACCAGAGGAACCAGCACUGCAGCCUGCCCAGAGGAAUCUUUCAGAGGCACCUGAGCCUCUUCCUAGCCCCCCAGCUGACGAUUUUUCUGUGGAAAGGCCAAAAAAGCCUCUGAAGGUGAAGCAGGUAAAGAAGUGCACAAAUUCUGCAAAUACUGAGAAAGGCAGAAACCCUCAGAUGUCCCAUUGCCCCCCAGGACAGAGGAGUCAAGUCAAAACUGUCUCCAGAACAAGUGGACAAUGUGACACUCAGUCUCCAGAGGAGGAGGCCUUAAGAAAAAAUCUUCCCAGAAUUCCAUGCUUGUCUUCUUUCAAAAACCACCAGAACAAUCCCUGGAGCUUCUCAGAGUUGGUGGAAGACUAUGAGUAUUUCAUCACAGAAGGCUUGGAGAGGGAGGUUGAGGUUGUCAGAAGCUGCUCAGGGCCAGGGGAGCAGGGCAGAAGUGAGGCUGUGGGGUGGGAGGAGGAGGGACAUGACACAGGGAGGGUGGCAAAUGGUGUCAUGUCUGGUGACAGUGAUGGGUCCUACAGCUCCAGGGCUUCCUCCAAGAGCAGGGAAAAUAACUCCUGCUUGGAAGCAUUUUCAGACACAGAGGAGAAGGAUGCUGUUCCUCCAGAGGGCCAGGGCCAUGCAGGCUUCUGUCCUGCACCAGAGCAGCCCCAGGAGCUCCCACCAAUCCCAAAGCAAAAUCAAGUGAAAAAGAAGGUUCUGAAACAAAACUCCAAGCAAAAGAAAAGGCAUAACCAGCAGUUUCCUGAUGCUGCCACAGGACACCCUGCAGCUGGAUGCUCCUGCAGCUCUGGGGAUGCUGCUGCUUCCUGUGAGGCCUGGAGUUACAAGAACUACUGGCAGUGGUACUACCAAGCAUGGCAGGACUACUGCACUGCAGUGUCUCACUACAGGAGCAGCUACAGGCAGCUCAGCUGGCUGAACACCUACCAUGCCAACUCUGUUUACCUGCAGGAGCUGCUGAAAGGUGGGGACUGA